AUGAAGCCAACGCGGAACGACCUCGGCGACCGUGGCCGAUUGGCGGAGGUCAGUAUGAUCGAAUCACUCAUUAGCAUCGCCUUCUGCUUGUCCAGCCUGGUGACAGUGAUCAUCUUGCUGCUCCCAUCUCAAUAUGCCCCGCUGCCGAAAUCCAAGAUCUCCAAGGGGAAGCAGGAGCCGGCUGUUCAGAUCCUCGUACUGGGAGACAUCGGACGAAGUCCCCGCAUGCAGUAUCAUGCGCUGAGUAUCGCCCAAAAGGGCGGAAAAGUCGUGGUUAUUGGCUACAGAGAGUCCGACCCUCAUCCCGACAUUGUGUCCAACCCGAAUAUUACGAUAGUUCCACUUCGCCCUCCCCCCGCAUUCCUGCAGACAAGCAACAAGAUAUGGUUCAUGAUAUGCGGCCCCCUGAAGGUUAUCUUUCAGAUCGCCUAUCUCUGGAAAUGUCUCGCAUAUACGACGGCGCCAGCGCAAUGGAUGAUGGUGCAGAACCCUCCCUCCAUUCCUACACUCGCCGUGGCCUCGCUGUCUUGCUUUCUACGUCAUACACGGCUGAUUAUCGAUUGGCACAACUUUGGAUAUUCGAUUCUCGCCUUGAAAUUGGGCCCAACACACCCCCUAGUCAAGGUGUCAACUUGGUAUGAGAGGACGUUCGGUCGAUCGGCCUCGGUUCACCUCUGUGUCACAGACGCAAUGGGUUCCGUACUCAAACAGCAAUUCAAGCUCCAAGCACCGGUCCUUACUUUGCAUGACCGACCAGCGAGUCAUUUCCAUCCAAUUGCCAGCCCGGAGGAACGCCGGGCAUUUCUGGCCACCCUCCCAGAAGCUCAAUCAAUCCGCCCUUUAGUGGAAUCUGGCGGAGUGGAGGUGCUUGUCAGCUCCACGUCCUGGACGCCCGACGAGGACUUCUCAAUCCUCAUUGACGCUCUGCAAAAGUAUUCCGCACAAGCAGAGACAGAAACACAUCUACCUCACGUCCUGGCUAUCAUCACAGGGAAAGGGCCCCAGAAAGAGAUGUACAUGCAGCAAAUCGCAGCUCUGGAAGCUGCCGGUAAACUCAAAAAGGUCACUCUUCGAACCGCGUGGCUCACCGUGACGGAUUACGCUCGUCUCCUGGCAUCCGCAUCCUUGGGAGUCAGCCUGCACACCAGCAGUAGUGGGGUAGACCUCCCGAUGAAAGUUGUGGACAUGUUUGGCGCAGGGCUCCCGGUUGUCGGAUGGAACCGUUUCGAGGCCUGGCCAGAGCUGGUCACAGAAGGAGUCAACGGAAGGGGAUUUGGAAGCGCGGCCGAAUUGACAGACCAGUUGGUGAAUUUAUUCAGCAGUCAGCAGCAGUUGGAUCGUCUUCGAGCCGGUGCACAAAAAGAAAGUGCUCGCCGUUGGGAUGACGAGUGGAGUCCAGUUGCAGGUACUUUGCUGGGCCUCACAUGA